AUGGCGGCGACACGGCACUUCGGCCGCCGCCGGUGUUGUUGCCGCCUCGGCGGCGGUUCGCGGCCGUGCUCGCCACCCUGCCGUCCGACGGACAACCGCUGCUGCAGUCGUCACGCCGCCACUGCCGCCGCCCGCGCCGUCCGACGCCCAGCCGGCAGCGUCCCGACAGCCGUCUCCGUUCGCUCGGAAUCAAAAAUCAUGGCCAAAAUAGAACGAAGUUUGAAUUACUAA